GGAAUAUUAAAGUUGGUGGCUGGCAGAGCAAAGAGCCACAGGAACACCAGUGACGUUCAGCCCCCCACUCUCAAAAGACACUCCACCCACCCCUGAAAUAUGAGUGUGGGGAGGCAGUUACACCAUUUCCUAAAUUCAAGCAGAACUUCUAAAAUACCAUUUAUAUGUCCAAAAUUGUCCGUGGACUCCCUGUAAAUAUGUGCAGAAGCUGAGCUGAGCUUUGCUCUCUAAACACAAUGCUGUUCGGCUUUUGUUCCAAUAUUUUCAAAGGCAAUAUCCCAUUGUCUCAGUCUUUGGCAUUUUCCUCCCUUUUGGAAAACGGGUAAGAGACUUGUGUUAUGAAUAGGGGUGGGGAGAAAUUCAAUCUUGUUUACAUCUUAAUGAAAAUGUUUGCACUUCUCAAACCUAUAUGCAAACCGAAACCCAAUUAUCCAUUGAAAUUCAGAGUUCUCUGAAUUUUGCAAUGCAGUUCUUCAAUAAUGUGUUGUGUACAGAAAUGCAUAUAUCUUGGGGAGAAUUGUACAUAAAAAUGCAUGCAUUUAGCAAACUAAAACAUUUGGGGAAAUUCCUAGCAAAAAUGUGUAUAUUAGUCAAAAUUGCAUUCAACAAUUUGUGCAUGAGAAUGAAUUUUAAUAAGCAUCUGGUGAGCGGCUUGAAAAUUGCUGCAGAAAUGUGGAGAACUGAAUUUAAGAUGGGAAAUAUGAGAAGCUGAAAAUGACAAUGUCAUCCCUAGGUCUGAACAUGCUUACCAAAUUGCAUCCUGUGUUAAAUGAAUGUCAGAGAUUGUAGCACGUUAACAGUAACUCUUAUUGUCUGAAAGCAAUUAGCAAAUACACUAAGACUUGUGCUCUAGUCAUAGCUCUAGUUUCACUUUCUAUGCCACACUACAUAAGGCACUGCCUGUCUAUGCCGGAUCACAUUUCAUAACACUAAGUGUAGCGACUGGGCUUUUGCUAGAUCCUCUUUUUUGCUGGGCUCUUUUCCCCAGCAUGUAUUGUACAUCUAGGUGCCUGUUUAUGUAUUUGGCUGGGUGGGUUGGUUUUCUGCUUGGAUAUGGGGCUCCCAGUUUGACUACUGCCAUUUCUACCUCUCCUGGGACUUUUUGCAAGGCUGUCUCUAGAAGCUCCUUGGGCCUGGGAUUUGACCAGUUCUAAGUCCUAUGUCCUGCUUCUGGGUGGAAAAACGAUAAGUUUAUCCAAUGAAAACAGGGGAACACUGGAGCUGUGGAUUUUUUUCUUUGAUGCUGUCAUGUUUUAAAAUAGGAGAGGGCACCUUCUGUAUUCUGAACGAGGCGGGAAGUGUUCUUUUUACAAACAAGCAAUCAAGCAAAUGAACAUCUGACAAUUUUACUAUCCUGAUGUUCCUCAGACAGCCUUCAUAACCAGGGCUAGCCCAAGACAUUUUGCUGCCUAAGGCAGAGCAAUGAAAGUCACCCCCACUGAGCUGAAGGUAUCUGAGGUUAGUCACAUUAUUAUGGUAUCUGUGGUGGAACAUCCCACAAAUGCACCGACCCUUUCCAAGUAGUAAAAAUACCCCAAUAAUAAAAGCUUAAAUAACUAAUCAUCUGCUAUCCUUUUGGGACACAUAAAACCAUCUGCCUGAGGCAACUGCUUCCCUUUGCCUAACAGUUGGACCUGCCCUGUUUGUAAAUCGUUUGUUCUGGCUAUGCGUACUCACGAAAAAAUGGGAAACAAACAUUUGCACAAGAAUGUGAGCAUUCUUGAAUUUAGAGAAGUCUGAUUUUGUUGUAUAUUUGAAAGGGCUUUCGCUGCUUUAGAGCAGGGGUAGGCAACCUAAGGCCCGGGGGCCGGAUGCGGCCCAAUCACCUUCUCAAUCUGGCCCAUGGACAGUCUGGGAAUCAGCAUGUUUUUACAUGAGUAGAAUGUGUCCUUUUAUUUAAAAUGCAUCUCUGGGUUAUUUGUGGGGCUGCCUGGUGUUUUUACAUGAGUAGAAUAUGUGCUUUUAUUUAAAAUGCAUCUCUAGGUUAUUUGUGAUGCAUAGGAAUUCGUUCAUUCCCCCCCCCAAAAAAAAUAUAGUCCGGCCCCCCACAAGGUCUGAGGGAUGGUGGAGUGGCCCACGGCUGAAAAAGGUUGCUGACCCCUGCUUUAGAGUGCUAAUUUCAUGUAUUUGGAACACACACACCCCAAUUUACAAAUCUGUUAGAACAAAAAGUUACGUUGAAUGUGUGGGAUAUGAAUUAGAGGUUGUUUCCAACUAACAUGUUCCACCAGGAUAAGGAUUUCUGUUUAUAUAACUGGACUCGUGCCCCUCUAUAUGCCUUCUCCAAAUAUACACCUGCUCUUAAGGGUUAGAGGUGAACCCUGAAUAGAUUUAAGGGGCUCGUGAGGGGAGGGGGGAAGUUCUGUUGCACAAGGAUAAAUCCUUGUAUUGACUAAACAAGCUAUUUGGAAACCACCCUGCUUAGAUAAAUAAAUCAAACAGUAGUGAAGAUUGCUCAGAUCUGAAUGGUCCAUCAUCUUGACCAUUUAUCUGAGACUGUGGGGACAGCUAAUUUCUCAGGCCUUUGGUGGCUGAGGACUUUCUUCUUCACACCCACCCACUGCCAAACUGCCCUACCAUCCGCUCCAGAAAAGCAUUAUGUUCUCUGAGCAUGAAGCUACCCUCACUAAGACCUCGGGUUAAGAGGGGUGGCACUGUGAGAGAGUCACUUUCUAGCAACUUGCUGCCUUUCGUUCCCUGCAGCAGCUUGACCACUAAUCAAGAGGCCAACAGACCAUUCACCAAUCAACUGAAGCAUGAUGAGCCCUAAGAUCAGCCACAAGAAGGAAGAGAAGAGAAGAGAAGAGAAGAGAAGAGAAGAGAAGAGAAGAAGAAACAGAAAAGGGGGAAAGAAAAAAAGAUCCAAGGAACAAAUUUUGGAAAUUGUG